AUGCGUAUCGGGAGAAAUUUGGCGCAAGGACUUGUGGGAUGCUGUUUAGCUCUGGAAGUUAACGCGCAAGACAGCUCAAGUGGCAUGUCGUCUGUGUCGAUGUCUGGGUCAAUGCCGAUGUCGUCGUCUACAUCCAUGUCAAUGUCUAUGUCUUCAUCUGCAUCCAUGUCAAUGCCCAUGUCGUCUUCAUCUGCAUCCAUGUCAAUGCCCAUGUCGUCUUCGUCUGCAUCCAAGUCAAUGUCUAUGUCUUCAUCUGCAUCCAUGUCAAUGUCCAUGUCGUCUGCCAGUGCCAUGGACAUGUCCGGUGACAUGCAGAUGAAUACGUAUUUGACUCCGCAGUUCAAAGGCUAUCCAGUGCUAUUCAACCACCUUAAUGCCAAUACCAAAGCGCAAGCGUUUGGCAUUUUUGUGCUGGUAAUUGCCGCCGCAUUUGCCUACAAAUUUUUGUUAUUCACGAGCUGGUGUCUGGAGGUAAAAUGGUUCAAACAAUGGAAUCCCACGGCAAUAAAGAGCGGUAGUGGGCUCUCUGCCGUCGCCGCGCCAGAGGACCCGGACAACUCAUCAUUGGCCAGCACUCAAAAUUACAUCCAAGACUUGGAAUUCCAAACACAAUACCUUCCAAAAGUUCCUAACCUGCUGGUUCAUGUAGUUUCACCGUCAGUCAAAGAGCUUUGUCAUGAUGUAGUACGCCUACUCAUAACCUUUUGUUCUACAAUGCUGAUCUAUAUGCUCAUGCUAGUGACCAUGACUUUCGUGUUGACUUAUGUGUUUGCAGUGGUUUUGGGGAUUUCUUUGGCCGAAAUCUUUUUUAACAGAUGGAAGAUCUGUUUGCUCGCCAGAUGGGAACUUCAACGAGAAUUGGAAAAAAAGCGCAACUGCAAUGGUGGCGACAUCUGUCCUUGCGACGGAAGCGAUCCUGCAAAAAAUGCAAGUGGCGUCACGGCAGGUGACGAGUCAAGUGGCUCUUCCAGCAUUUUGGAGAAGCCAGAGAACAAUAUCAACAGCUGCGAGAUCGCUAAUACUCCAUCAUGCUGCUGUGCUCCGGAAGAAGCAUCGUCGGCGAAUGUCGAUACUGCUGAAGCUUGUUGUUGUGAUGGCACGGAAGCUAAAAAUGAAGCCAUCAAAGAACGUCAGGCACGUGAACUUUCAAGCAGUAAUGAACAAAGUGGUACGAUGGAUGUAACCUUAAUUCCAGCAGACAAGUUCUCCUAA